AUGGCCCCCUUCACAUUUCCGUCAUUCCUUCUUGAGAAGCGCCAUGGGGGCGACGUGGGCUCNCCCGAAGCUUCCGGCAAGAAGAUGGAUAUAUCGACUGUGGUUGCUCUAGCCAUUGGAAUACUUGCCCUCCUCGCAACAAUCUUUCAGACCUUGCAACAGUACAUCGGUACAGCAGACGGCUACAGACGUUGCGGUCCUGGCGUCAUGGGCCCUUGGGGUCGCAAGACUCGACUACGCUUUCGAUGGAGAGAGUUCAGAUUUGAAGUCCUCUACUGUGUCCCCUUUGUCGAAUAUGGCCUGCCUGUCAAAGGUCAAGACGGUCUUCGAACUAUUCGUCCCUUCUGCGACCAGCCAGAGCUCACCACUUUCAACCCCAAUCCGCCAGAAAAGCAAAGAGACUGGAACGCUGAGCUAGCAGGAUGGGUUCAUCUGAUGCACAACCUGGGUCUACACGAUCAGUCCGUCAGACAGCGCAUUGCUCCCGUCGAUCUCCGCGACACAAAACGCAUGGCCUAUAUCGACUGGAUCCGAUGUGCACGUGUGGAGCAGGCCUAUCGCAGUUGGGACUUCGUGCCAGACGACGUUCUACGGCCACUGGCCAUCACGACGCUUUCAGGUCUGGCCGCAACCACUCGCCGGCUGGGUCUGAGUUGGAAGCAGUUUGAGCCGAACAUGGGUACCCUGCAAGCUGAAGGCAACCACCAGGUCAUCACUUCAACCGUCAUUCGAGGCAUGGGGGUCAUCAUUCACUACCUUCGAGACCCAGAUCUGGACUCGGACGCUCUCGGCCAGAAACAUCUAUACAGCACCUCACCCUUGAGUCAAGCUGAUGAAUUACUGUUUGGGAGGAUCGGACAUACCGACCUGUUCAACCUUCACCGCGAGCUGCCUCAUCUGGUACUGCACGUCGGCACCCUGGCUGAUGUCACUUCUACACUGCCAGCUCUCUUCUCUGACACGCCAGCUUCUGACAGUAUCAUCGCUACGCUCCGUGCUCGAAGUGAGUCAGGAGACAAGGACUGGAUGGAGCCUGUCAAUGACAUCGUCGCGUUUCUUACCCCCUUCCUCGGUGUCUCUUCCGAUACUCGACCUGUCAUACCAUGGCCCAAUACCUCAGCUCGUGGCAUGACUCACACAAUCUUCAGACCUUUUCGGGAUGAGCUCACUGCACUCUUGGUCUGCAGGGGAAGCACCGUUUCAUCAGAGUCCCAUAGGCUGCUGAGUCUGUACACAAGUUUAGAAGCUCGCUUCAAGCAUCCAGCAGCUCAACGAGACAGGAGCUUCAGUUGGGAGACACCCAAGCUCACCUUCAAAGGCGAGUUGGCGACAUGCGAGGCAUUUGACGCAAGGGCAAUCUGGGAUGUCAUGAGCGAGUGCGAGUCAAUACUGCAUGCGAAUCCGAUCAUCCGUGCCGGCAAAUACCAUGCUAUUGUCGUGCAACAUCUGACAUUGUCGACUCGCAUCGAAGCUCUAGCUACGGACGGCGACAAGAUGAAGCGUAUGUUCGCUGCCCUUCCGGAAAUGGCGCGUGCUUUGAGAUCGGAAUGGGAUGUUCCAGGCCAGAUUUUGGGAGCACUCUCUGGAGCUUCGGGCGAAGAGCUUGGUGAGAAGACGAAUUGGGUGAUGAGACCGAGCGAGAUGCAGGCCGAGGACGCCUGGUUGGCGAUGAUGCUGAGAGCCAUGUGUUGGCAGAGGCUUCAUGUGGUGCAGCCGGGCAUACCUCUGCCAAUUGAUUUCCCCUCGUUGCAUACUUCGAAUGGUGACCCUGUCGAAACUUUGAUCACCCUCUUGUGGCCUGUGCUCAGCAACUUUCUUCGAGCCGAAACAUCGACCUUGCCGUUGCGCGAGCAGCAGCACAAACAGGCUUGCCCACACCACAACGGCACCAUGUCGUUAACACAUUCGCUGGAGCGCCUCUGGAGGCCGCUGGUUACACGAGCGACUCCCUUUGCCUCGCAAUGCCGCCGCCACGCCUCGACAGACAUCGGCGACACCAUCACAGAACUCGAAGGCGGCUCCUCGCUACGCACACUCGACGCCGACAUUGACAACCUGGCCACCACCUACGAUCCCGUCGGCCGCGCCAGCAAGAGAAACCGACAACUGCCUGCCAGUAGAUACAAGUUCCGCCCGCCCAAGUACUACCGCGGUCCGCUGCACCCUCACCAGCCGCCGCCAAACUCGGAUCCCGCAUCGAGAUUGUUCGUCCCCGGACCCUUUUCUGUGCCUAGACUGGAGCAGACAUAUCAGAGCACCUUUGAGAGCGAUCUCAUGACCCUGGCAUACACGCAUUUCCCGCCUGGCUACAAAGCCCCUGCCAAAUCACCGCGUCUGAGGCCUUGGGAGGGCGCAUCCCCUUACUACAAGAACCGUCCACUCCGAGGACCCAGAGGUUCCGACGUCUUGCGCCUACUCCGCAAACCCAUCACUUUCCGCAACGUGCCCAAGCUGGAAAAGAUCACCGUGCACACCAUGGUCAAGGGCGCCCUCGACGAUUCCGCACACUUGCACGUUGCGGGCAUGGUCAUGCAGGCCAUCUCCAAUGUCCGCGUCACCACACACAAGACGCGCAAAAACGUUGCCGGGUUUGGACUCCGAGCGGGCCAAUACGUGUCUGUGACUGCCGAGCUCAGGGGCGAAGACAUGCAGCACUUCCUCGCCAAAGUGAUUGAUAUCGUCAUGCCCAAGAUCAAGGAGUGGAAGGGAGUCAAGGGUAGUUCCGGAGACUCGAGUGGUAACUUGACCUUUGGAUUUACGCCAGAGGAGACGGCGCUGUUCCCAGAGGUCGAAGUCAACUAUGACAUAGAUGGCAGACUGCUGCUCAGCGCCCUCGGUAUCCCCUUUUACGGCAAGCAGAUCAACUAA